AUGGGAGAGACAGACCCUGGCAGGACUCAGCACCAGCUGCGAGAAGUUAAAUGGAUUCACCCAGAGUUCCCAGAACAGCUGUGGCCCAAAUCGAGCGACCCAGUAAAUGGCCAGGGCCGUGGAGCAGUGGGGAGUGGUGGGGGGGAUGGGCACUUCUGGGUGCUAAUUUCUUAUUCUCUUAUAGCUCAACGCCUGGACCUGGUCUCGAGGUUUGUGAAAGAAAACAAGGGCAGAAUCAUUCCAUUUGAGAAGCAGCAAGGCUUUCAGCUGCGCGUUUGUGACCUGGACGAGACGUUCUAUGCAGGGCAGUCGGACAUGCUGGAAGACUGGGAAGUGCUUUACCUGCCGAAGCCUGUGAAGAUGGAGGUUCUUGGCAUCGUGGAUGAUGUGCCAUGUCUGGCCACUGGACAACAGCUGGUUAUCCUUGUUGCAGACAACGGCAGCGUUUAUGCAUACGAAGAGGAGUUGUUGCACAGAGUUGGCAAGACCUUACAGGAGUUUUUAAGAGACGGGCUAUGGCUCUUCGGACAGGAAGUCUAUGCAUGUGCAAAGGACCUGGAGCCUAAUAGUGAAGAGGAGUGGGUGAAGGACCCAGAGAUCAAGCAAAUCAGGCAGAGCACCAGAGACUUCAUCAAGAGUAAAGAAGAGGCGUUUGGGAAGCACCUGGAUUUCCUUAGUAAUCUGUGAUAUUUCUAGUCUUGUAGACCAUUCUUGGGUGAGGUGUGGAGCCCACCUGAGAUACGGCCCAGCAGCAGCAGAGAGAGGAGAGAACCUGAGGGAACGGUUUUUGCAGGGAGAAUAUCUUGGGUCUCCUGCUCAUGGCAAAUUUAUGUCUUAUCACAGAAACAACGUUGCUGGUUUUCCUGGGUCUGCCAUGGUUUGGCUGGCUGUGAUUUGCAGGACUUAACUUUUCCAUCAUCAGCCCUGAGCCUCCACUUCUUGUCUGUCUCCCUCCAGUCCCCUUGUUUCAGAGUCAUCAUUGGCUUAGAAAACUUCCUUUUCUGAGCACCAUUGCCAUUCGAGAUUUACUAGCGUGCCACAGUGGAAAGUGGCCGAGCUCAGCUGGUGUGCGAUGUUUGUGUACUGCAAACGAAGAAAUGUGUGGAGUAUUGUAUACUCAUGGACUCUAGAGCUGUGCACUUUAUUGCGAUGAGGAUAGGCAUACCACCCUGUGCCAGCAGACCCCCUAACACGAUCUGGACUUGUAUUGACACCGUGGGGGACCUCUGUAUUGCUGUCAACCUUUUGUUCUGAUUAUUGUUGUGAACCCCGGGGCCUGAUUGACUGCCAGAUCUACCCCUUGGCCUAAGCUGCGAGAGCUCAUCUCCCUACUCACUCUCUCUAUGCGGGGAUGGGGACUAAGGGGUCUGUAAACUCCACAGUCAGUACAGGUCACUUGAGCUGAAUUCUCUCGACUUGCAUUCUGAGAUGCUGCUCCCGCUUGACAAGUGGUAAAUAUUCUGAACCAGCAGAGGUUGAAGGUUCCAAAGAUGGUCCUAGAAGGUAGAGAUAAAAAUCCCCACUGCUCCAGGUGUUCCCCAUGUUCUCUGUGAUGCCACGUCACAGACUCGUAAAUUAUCACCAUUCUUUGUAUUUGUUUCCAAUAGCACCCUUAAACUGUGAGGUGCCUUUCAGCAGUACGAGAAGGGACUUUUCCGUCCCAAGCCCACAGUCGAAGGACUAUCAGGCAAGUUACGGGGGGGGGGGAAUGGACAAAAUAAUUCUCUGUACAAAUCAACAAGAUCUGCUAUAGGCAGCACAGCAGAAGUGGACUCUGAAGAGAAACUUAUAAAUGGAGGGGGGAGGGGUCUGGGAGCUUGCUUCUGACACAGGCACUAAGGGUGUGACAUGCCCCAUUCUGCUGAGAAACGCAGUGCAGGCAAAUGGAACGAAAGUAGCUUGUUUAGCUAGUGAGACUCUUCUGCUGAGAUCUGCUCUGUCACUGUAACUCUCAAUUUUGCUUUGAGAAGUGGAGUCGAUGGCUGGGAACCAGAGUCCUGAGAAGAAUCAGUCGCUGAAGAACCUGCAGGAAGAUGCCUGGGGAUGGACUUGAGCAAAUGGUAUGGCGUGUCUGUUUCUCUUACCCCGCAUGGGAUAGCUGAGUAGCUGUAUUUCUCCAGCCCUAACGCCUGGCGGGACUUGCCACACAAACCACUAGAAGCAUAUUCUCGAGUCACGGAGAACUCUGAAAUCUCUUCGGCUGUUUGGCUUCUGCUCUCAUCACUUGGUCUGUGGUGGCCAGACUUUUUGCUAGGCCUUUAUUGCCAGCGGUACAGGGCUGCCUCUUCCAGCAGCUGAGCGAGGACUUUGUAGUGUUGUUUCCCACUGAGCGUCUUUUCCUGCCUCAGGGCUGUCGGGUUCCAUCCCUAUCUGCCGGGGGGUGGGAGGUGGGGUGGGAAUGGACAGGGUUUCAUGAUGCUUUGCCUUGCUUAAUACUUGGAGCUGCUUAUUUAUAUCACGUGCUUUUUUCACUGGAUUUCCACAUUUACUGAAACCUUGUUUUCCCAGCUGACAUGGGGACACUAAGUCAAUGCAAGUAACUGGAGUUGGAUAAGCAGGCGACUGUCCUGUGUGUUUAGUACGAAUCGGGACAAGUCCUUGUUUCAGAGGUGGAAGUUCUCAGGUAAUAGAGGUUCCCCUGGUUUCCAUCAGUACAUGUGUUGUGCCCCUGAUUCCACCCAUUAGUAACAUUCACUACAUCUCUCCCCCCACUUGCGUGCACACUCUGUAGGUACAGGUCUGCCACUGAGGUGCCUGCCAUUGUAUGGCGCCGGCAAACCCAUGUCCCUCCCCAGCUACCAGGUGAUGCGUUCGCUGUAUGUGGGAUCUCUGGCCUUAGGCUUCCUGCAGCAGGUGGGCCCAGCUCUGAAAUGGGGGAUGAUGCAGCAGGUGCAGUGAAUAAAGACACUGUGAGAACUUGAUAAACUAAUGCCUAGUUUCUGUGUCGCUCUGCUUGGAGGGAAGGACGAGCAGUGCUAGUGUGACUAAUGCCGCUGUAAAUAAAAUGUCUUCAAGUUUUUCUUA